GCGGUCGAAACUCCGUCUGUCAACGCAUUCGGAAAGAAUUUGGAUCAAUUGAGAGUCCGCCAUCCCGAGGGAUAACAUAGGACAGAAUAUCAUGAAACAAGUAGAGCUAAUGUGAAAUAGAAAUGAUGAAUGAAUGUGCAAAAUUUUCUGUGCACUCAUUAGGCAUACAGCCAGUCUAAAUGUGUUGAUAUAUAGAAGACUUGUGAAGGGCGCGGUUAUUAAUAUGAUGGUUACUUCGGGGUGUGUUUCGAACCAUUAUACCGUGAAUAAUUGACCGUUCCCAGCCUGUUUUCUGCUGUACUCAGAUUGCUUUCAGCGCUUAAUGGAUUUCACUUGUUCAAUUUGCCUCAAUGUCUUGUUCAGACCAGUUCAUCUCCCUUGCAACCAUCAAUUCUGCAAGGAUUGCAUAGUUCAGGCUUUAAACUUCACUGCAUAUCAAUGUCCUAUUUGCAGAUACAGACUUUCAAACUGGUUACGGAGAGUAAAAGAUAUGGAUUCAGUAGUUUCGGAAAGUAAAGAAAAUGAAAUUCGAAGUCUUUUUCCAAAUUAUUAUGAUGCCAAAGAAUCGGGAAUGUCUCCUUCCUUAUCUGAAUCUGAAAUCAAAACCCUUGCAGCAAAAAACACAGGAGAUGUGCAUGAUUAUUAUAUGAAAGAGAUCGAGAAGUACUCACAUUUACGUUCUGUAGAAGAGAAAGAAAAUGAAGAAGCUUCCUUAGCACUAGCUGCUCAGCUCCUAUUUGAAGAUGGUCUUAAUUUGCCAGCAGAUGACAUUUUAUCCUCUGAUAAUAACCAUCACAUUGAAAAUAACCUUACAUCCAUUGCUUCUUCCUCAUCCAGAAGUAAAGGCGUAAAGAAAAAGUGCGAAAGAAGACAAAAAAAGAAAGCGACAAAAACAAGUAAGACAUUGUUGGAUUACGCUGUCAAUACAGCUAAAAUCGGAUUCAAACCAGAAGUUGCAAAUGAACAGAUUUUAUGUGAUGAGACAUUUGCUCGGAAGUUGCAGACUAAAUAUUCGAAACUGUUGGGUAAUAUGGAAAAGCAUAAACGUCUGAAAAGUCGAAAAUAACAUUCUUGAUAAUUUUGUGAUUAUCUGUGUAACAAUUAAAACAAUAUUUAACGCUAGUUUA